AUGGCCUGGACAUUCUCAACAGCCCUGGUGGCCUUCAUCCUCGCCGCCUCGGCCGAGCGAGUCCCCCGGGAGAUCAAAUGGGCCGACGGAACUAUUGGACCUGAUGGUCCCUGGAGGGCCGUGUCGGUUCAGAUGGGAGGGGAGACAAACAACAUUGGCCUAUUCCCUGGUGGUAACUGGGAGACUUGGAUGAUUGAGGAUGACUACUGCGAUAAGGGAACCUGCUACGCCUCCAAAGCAGGCACCUACGACGAAGCUUCGGGAAUCACGGGCGGUAUCCAACUGGACGGCGGUCUCGACGCCUACAUGCUCGGUCUGCAACUCGAAGGCGAGCCGGCAAAACGGUACCUGGACGACAUGGUUCUGGGCGGCAUCACCGAGACAAACGUCAGUCUCGCCCUCUUGAAGAACCAGAGGAUCAAGUAUCCCGGUGGCCAGAAGGUUCCCUUCUUCGCCGGCUGUCUGAGCAUGGGCGGCAACAAGGCCAUUAACCAGUCUUUCACUCCAAUGGACGGACCUGCUAUCAACGGCAGUCUCCCUCCUGGCUGGAUGUUUGAGAACGCGUGGACGCCCUCCAACUCUUUCGGUAUGCACAUCGGAUCAGUUCAACCCUCCAUGUCCGGAUCUCUCUGGUUCGGCGGUUACGAUCAAAACCGCAUCGUCGGCGAGAUUCUCAGCAUGAGCGGUGGACCCCGAGACGGCAUUACACUCUGGGAUGUCGGCAUCGAGGUGAUCGGCAGCAAGUCGCCCUUCGACUUCAAGUCCAAAGACGACCUCCUCGCCAAGGGAAACUCAUCCAUCGGAAGCGGACUCAAGGUCCUUAUCGACGGCUGCUCGCCGUACCUCUCCCUCCCCAAGUCGACCUGCGAUAACAUCGCCGCCGAACUCCCAGUGAAGUUUGACGAGAGCCUCGGCCUGUACCUCUGGGAUACAAAGUCGGACAAGUACGAGGAGAUUGUCACCUCGGCAUCGGCCCUGGUGUUUUCUUUCAUCUCUGACUCCAACACCGACGCCGUUAAGAUCAAUGUUCCUUUCAUGCACCUCAACCUCACCCUCACCGCGCCGCUCGUCGAUACCCCCACACCUUACUUUCCCUGUCACGUCAACGGCAAGGGACAAUAUGUUUUGGGUCGGGCAUUCCUCCAGGAUGCCUUUAUUGGAGCCAACUGGCACAAGGACUCCAACACAUGGUGGCUGGCUCAAGCUCCGGGCCGGACUAUCCAGGCCACUAACAACAUCAUCUCGAUCGAAGAGAAGGACAAGACCAUCAGCAAGGGCGGCAACGACUGGAAGGCAUCCUGGAGCGGCGUAUGGGACGACGAAGGAGUACCCGCCAAUACGCCUACACCUACACCUACAAAAGAACCAUCCAACGCGGUCCCCGAAGACGAGGGCCUGUCGACAGGCGCAAAGGCCGGCAUUGGUGUUGGUAUUGCCGCAGGUGUCCUGGCCAUGGCGGGACUCGGCAUCUUCUUCUGGCGCCGUCGCCGACAGCAACAGACUCCCCCUCCCGAGACGUCGCAGGUUGCAUAUACACCAGCCUCAGAAGCGGCCUACUCCGUGAACGCCGCGAAGUGGCCGCCGAGCGAGCUGCCUCACGAGAGACCUCCCCAGGAGAUGCAAGGCACACCGACGACACAACCCAGAUACGAGUUGGCCUGA